AUGUCACGGACAGAUUUCAAUGGAAAUGACAGGAAGAGGGUGAUCGGCUCUUUGAUGCGACGAGGGAUCCGCGAACUGGACCAAAUUGCGACGAUAGAUGACUUGGCCCACCGUGUUUUCAGCUUGCUUUGGGAUAAGGUCGAAUCGUCAAUUGGGCACAAUGAAUCAGAGAUGACAGGCGUAUCAGCUUAUUUGAAAGAUACACGCCACUUAUUCAUGGAGCAGCGUACAUCUUACCACGAUACCCACAAUCGUCUUGUGACCGUUUUCCUCCGAAAGCUGGAAUAUUAUCAAGGAAUUCUUUUCUUGACUUCAAAUCGGGGUAUCCAGUUUGAUGAUGCAAUUCUCAGCCGGAUCCAUUUGACUAUUGAGUAUGAGGAUUUGACGAGAGAGUUUCGCAGAGAUCUCUGGUCAACUUUUUUGUCCAAGGCACGUACGAUGCAAGGACCUGCUGUGGUUGAGGAAGACGACCUCCGACGAUUGGAAGCAUUGGAUCUAAAUGGACGAGAGAUCAAAAACAUCGCCGCUAUCGCACAUGCUCUCGCUGAGGCGGACGUCAACCAGGUGAACUACAAAUACUUGGAGUUAGCCGCCGAAUCAAAUAAGAAAUUUUCAAAGGAGUUUGGCAGAGGGAGGCCUGUUGAUGGAAUGUAUGUCUAA